AUGGAUGCUGAUAUCUGCGACACGCAAGUCAUAACUAUACAACACCCAGAUAAUAAUGGACACAGACGAAAUGGUCUGCUUCUCGUCUAUCGAAGAGGAACGCCUCGAUACGCACGCAAGGGUUGCUUCCUAAUCUUGUUUACUUAUUCUCAUCUUUCUCUUUCACACUUUCUGUCUGUCUCUUUCUCUUUUCUACAAUUUGCUACUGAUUCUCUUCUUCCUCACUCUCUCCCUAUUUCUGUCCAUCUCUCUUUCCCCCUUCUACUUCUGGUUCGUCAUUCUCUCUCUUUCUCUAUUACACACACACACACUCUCUCUCUCUUUCUCUCUCUCUAUGUUCCUGUCCGUCUCUUUCUUUUUUCCACUUUUUUCUACUAUUCUCUCUCUCUCUCUCUCUCUCUCUAUUUCUCUCACUCUCUAUGUCUCUGUCUGUAUCUAUCGCUUUUCCCCUGUAUCGUCUACUUCUUCCUUUAUAUUUCGCAUCCUCCUUCUCUUAUGAUUUCCUUUUCUCUCUCUUUCUCUCUCUGUUCUAUCCCGCUAUUUUCUACUGGUCUCCUUAAUUUUAUCUCGCACUCUCUUCCUGUCCGUCUCUCUAUCUUUCCCGCUAUUUCCUAG